AAAAAGGGCAUCUGUUGCUUUCUUCUUCCUUGUUUAAAUUUUUUGAUUUAGUUUUCCGUGAUCUCGAAGACAACUUCGUGGCAUUAUUGCAGCCAAUGUCCCACGAACCUCAGCCUAAUUUUACUAAUUAGUUAGCCAUAUGAUAAAUAGUGCGUGCCAAAAAUGUUAUGUAUAUAUGAGAAGUGAAUGUACAGACAUUGAAGCAUGCGAUUACAAUAAGCAAAAUUGAGAGAACUUCAUCACUACAGCUUCCAACGUUAUGUUAAAAUCAAGGUGCAAAUCAGAAUCAAAUGGCUUCUUCAACUGUUAAUUAUCCAGCAAUAACUGUGCCAUCAAGGAAAUGUAGGAUUAUCAGUCAAAAGCCAACACAAAUCAGAGCUCAGAGCAAUAGCGAUGAAGGGAGAUCAUGGCAUGCUGUUGAUGCACAUUUACAAGUUUUGAGGGAAAGAAUAGAAAAAGUGAAGAUUAAAGAAAGCUUGGAGAGAUCUUUAGCGUGUAAGCAGGGUUGGAAUUACUACUCAACUACUACAGCAAGUACAUGUUUUGACAAGAAUCAGAAGAAAAAAUUAGAUCAUGUAUCUCAAAGUGUUGAAUUCUUCUGCAUGGUUUGUGGGACUCUUAGCUUCACUAUUCUUGGCUGCACCCUUUGCCUGUACCUGACCUCUAUUUUAGUUCAUUUGAGUCUUUGAAUUUGAUUAGAUACUGCUCCUGUUUGUCGAUAAUCUCAGACCAAUCGAUGAAUAUUAUUUCGAGCACUACUUGAACAGUUGAAAGCAAAUUUUCCGCAAUGGUAGCUGAAUUUAUAGAUGUAACAAUAUAUAUUGAUCUUAAUUUACUUUUUUUGUACAUUGUUUUGGGCUUCUAAACUUCAGAGUUCCCUGGCUUGCGGAUCUGCUAUAGUACAUGUGAGGCCCUUUGUUGAUGUAAGUACGCUUUCUUAAAGGUGAAAACGAAUAAAAAGCGUUAGAUAUG